ACACAUCGUCCCAAUAUGGCGGUAAGGUGGAAAACGACGUUCUCGCACAGCGUGCGUCGUGAUCUCAUUUCUGUGCAGUGAGAAUUUUCCCAGGUUUAAUUUGAAAUCUGUCACUGGUAGCUAUAACCAUGGUAUGAGCCUUACAUCAGAUGAAGUAGUGUUAGACAAUAAUUAACAUUCUUAAUCGUUGUACCUUUACUUGGAUCUCUUUGAAAGAUGCCAAGUUUACGGAAGAAAGUUGCCGGUUUCAUGCGCCAAUUAUCUAUCAGCAACUUGGCUGGGGCUGUGGAAAGUAUAGGCCUUGGAGAACAGUCACUUCGAAGUCCACAGUCAUUGACUCAGGAUUUUCCUGGCGGCUGUUUCAUCACGCGCUACCUCAACGGACUAGAAACAAAACAAGAAGGACCAUCUAUUUUACACGGUCGAAAUCCAGAAGAAUUACCAAGCAAACAAAUUGAUAUUUUUCAAGAAAAUGAGGAAAUAUUUGCAGCCUACACUGGUCCUGAUAGUGGUCUUACCGCGGUCAAUCUUCAACAGAAACAUUUAAGUAUUAGCGAUACUGACAUUGAUUACAUUGAUAUGUUAGAUCAAAAUGAGCAAUAUAGAAGUGGAUCAACAACAUCAAACAUAACAAUUGCUGGAGUUACUGAUUGGUUUAAUCCUCACGAAAAUGCAUAUGGAAUUGCAACUACGCUGUAUGAAAAAAAUCCUACAAACGACACUAGCAAUGGAGAACCAAUAGCCGAUUGUUUUGGCAUUGUAGCCAGACCAAACUCUGCCAUACUGGCUCUUGCAGAUGGUGUCAAUUGGGGUACAAAAGCGAGUAUAGCGGCCAGAUCUGCAGUCCAUGGAAGUAUAGAGUAUUUGAACCAGACUUUAUUCUGUCCAUCUAUUAAUAGUGAAAUGACAACGACAAAGGAUGUAUUUAUAGCGUUACUUCGAUCAUUCCAUGCAGCACAUUCGAUGAUUCUUCAAGAGCAAGGAAUGCUUACUACCUUAACCGUAUGCACCAUUCUUCCUCUGCCAAGUUCAAGUACUGAUACAAAUAUAUGCCACAGAAAAUAUAUUGCCUGUACCUGCAACGUUGGUGAUAGUUUAGCUUAUGUAUAUUCAGGGUGUGUAUUUCUUGUUAUGUAUUUACAAAUUGCAGCAGAUAAGUUAGGCUCAUUUGAUUUAAAGUCUUUUAUGCAAAAACAAAACAGGAAAACUGGAGUAAGAGAGAUAACACGAGGAUCUCACGAUAUUCAUUGCAUGCGAGACAUGCGAGAUGCCUUAGGAGCUCUAGGUCCAGUAGAUGGUUCUAAUCCCGAAUUGAAUAACUUGACGCUGGCUAUAACAGAAGUCGAGAGAGGCGAUAUAGUGUUUUUGACGAGUGAUGGAAUUUCAGAUAAUUUUGAUCCUGUGGUUGGAAAAUUUGCAGUUUUACCCAAUCACAGCAGCGGUGCUGAUGCCACAUUGAAAAGUCACGAUGCGAGAUUAAAAACUCGUCGAAGAUCGACGGAAAAUCUGCGGCACACUGAGUCGAGUAAUAGUAAUGUAAACAGCAACAAUCUGCCAGUAGUUGAAGCUUACCAAAGGCACGAACUUACUCUGCUCAGAAUGGAAGAUCUGUUGAGACGCGGGGUUUCUGGAGAAGGACCGCCGUGCAACAGUGCCAAACAUCUAUGCGAACUUCUUUUGGACUUUGCGGUACGUAUAACUGCAGCAAAAAGGCGAAUCCUAGAAGACACGGAAUUGUAUUAUGCACAACAUAAAGACGGUCACCUCGUACAGCUCUCAAAACAUGAGCAAAGAUCUCGAAGAAAAAAGACAUUAGAGAAGAUAUCUAUGAUACCUGGCAAGCUAGACCACGCGACGGUUGUAGCAUACGUAGUCGGACCCUAAAUUUCUUCAAUGUAUAAUUAACAAUAGAGAGAGUAUAGUUUUUAUUCAUAUAUAAAAAUUGAUAGAUUAAACUUUCUAUAUUGUAACAUUCUUACCUAGCAUUAAUAAAAAGCGAAUAUAUAUCUUUUACAAG